CUAAUAAUUUAAAAUAUUUUAUUUCUAUAUUUUACUUAUACUCACCCCCAAAAGAUCCUAUAAAAUAGGAUUAAAGAAACAGUGAAUUCCGAAUCCUCCACUUUAAAUUUACUGACCCUUGUCUGCGUUUCUCUUUGUCCAAAUCUCUCCGAUUCACUAAAUCUUUAGAAGCCAAGAAAACUUGAAUAGGUCAAGGGGAUGAGUAUGGAUGAAUAUAUGGAGUUAAGAUCAGUGAAGUACACGGAGCACAAGACAGUCAUCAAGAAGUACACUAAAAAGUUACCGGUGGAGAACAAGAAGAAGAUCAGUACUGGUCGUGACUCGGCCAGGUUGGUCCGUUUGUGCGUGAUGGACCGUGAUGCCACUGAUUCAUCAAGCGACGAUGAGGAGUUUUUGUUCCCAAGAAGACGCGUCAAGAGACUGAUCAACGAGAUCAGAGUCGAACCUAGCUCCUCCUCCGGCGAAGUCUCGGCCGGAAAAACUCUCACCGCCGUUGAUCCUCCGCUUCAGAAGGUCUCUGUUUCCGGCGUUGAACAAAGCCCGAGGAAGUUCCGCGGCGUGAGGCGGCGACCAUGGGGAAAAUACGCGGCGGAGAUUCGUGAUCCGGAGCAACGCCGGAGGAUCUGGCUCGGUACUUUCUCAACGGCCGAGGAAGCUGCCAUGGUCUACGACAACGCAGCAAUCAGGCUUCGUGGCCCUGAUGCUCUGACCAACUUCACUGUACCAACAGAACCUGAACCGGAACCGGAACCAGUUAGGAACAUAUCGGUUUCUUUGACUUCAGAAUCAAUGGACGAUUCUCAUCAUCUAUUAUCUCCAACAUCGGUUCUCAACUACCAAAUCUCCGAGCUAACCGAUGAACCGAUCAAACCGGUUAAACAAGAGUUCCCUGAACGGGAACCAAUAAGUUGGUCCGUUGGAGAAGAUAUUAGUAGUAAUACUGAUGAUUCAUUUCCAUUGGACAUUCCAUUUCUCGACAAAUAUUUCAAUGAAUCAUUACCCGACAUCUCUAUCUUCGAUCAAUCUAUGUCUACUAUUGAAUCAUCAGACAAGGAUUUCUUCAACGGCCUGAUGUUUUUUGAUGACAACAUAGGAGGAGAAAACUAUUAUCCCGAUAUCAAAGAGAUAGGAUCAGUGUUAAACGAUCUGGAUGAAUCUUUGAUUUCUGAUCUUUUGGCUGUGUGAUAUUUUACAAAAGAAAAAACAGGCUAACAUUGGUUGCAAAUAUCGCCAGUGUGUGUCAAAUUUUGUCCGAAGUUUUUUGAGUUUUGAUAAUGUUACAUUUUGUUCAUUUCUUAGCGUUAAAUGAUUUUGUUGAGAUCUAAUUUAGUGUUGGGUUGUCAGUAUGUAAAACAAUUUUGGGAGAAAUGUCGGGAAUGAAUAAUUAGUUGUUUUUGUGAGUUGUA